GGGAGGCCGGCGGCUGCGUGUCCCCUGCCGCCGGCCGCGAUGUCGUCGGAGCCGGGGCGCCAGGGCUCGCGGCGGCCGCGGGAGCCGCCCGAGCAGGAGCUGCAGCGGCGGCGGGAGCGGAAGCGGCGGCGGCACGACGCGCAGCAGCUGCAGCAGCUCAAGCACCUGGAGUCCUUUUAUGAGAAGCCUCCUCCGGGCCUCAUCAAGGAAGACGAGACAAAGCCGGAAGACUGUAUUCCAGAUGUGCCAGGCAAUGAACACGCCAGGGAGUUCCUGGCUCAUGCGCCCACGAAAGGACUGUGGAUGCCCCUGGGGAAGGAAGUCAAAGUUAUGCAAUGUUGGCGUUGUAAACGGUAUGGUCACCGGACAGGCGACAAAGAGUGUCCUUUCUUUAUCAAAGGCAACCAGAAGUUGGAACAGUUCAGAGUAGCUCAUGAAGACCCCAUGUAUGAUAUCAUCCGAGAGAAUAAGAGACAUGAGAAGGACAUAAGGAUACAACAGCUAAAACAGCUCCUGGAGGAUUCUACCUCAGAUGAAGAUUCGAGCAGCAGCAGUUCCUCAGAGGAUAAAGAGAAACACAAGAAAAGGAAGAAGAAGGAAAAGCAGAAGAAAAAGAAGAAAGAAAAGAAAAAGAAGAAAAAACGAAAACAUAAAUCUUCCAAGUCCAACGAGAGCUCCGACUCGGAAUGACCAGAACCCGUUCCCCUUGUUGGUCUCAGAGUCAGGGGCUGUGGCCGAGGACACUGGACUGUGGGGUGCGUGGUGCCACUGUGACGCUCACCCUCAGAGAGAGGGGACCCGGCCCUCGUCCCCCACCUUCUCGCCUGGACAGCUCCAGGCAGGAGCCUGCGUCCAGGAUCCCCACCCCUUGCUCUUCGCAGGGGUCGGGAGCCCCGUGCAAGGCCUCUGCAGAAGCCCCUCCAGUGCUGCCAGCCUCCCUACUCCGUAGGGGGCUCUGUAACUCCCAGACUGCCAGCCUGAUUUCUCUCUGUUGUGAGGACAGUAAAAGCUCAU